AUUGAAAGCAAUUAUAUUCACAAACGACCAGAAACGAUCGUUUGGUCCCCACCGUCGGCACAAUGUCUGAGCGAUUGGCCAUCACUUGGGCUGACCAUUGGGUCGUCCGUUGAGCUGUGCGUUCAGCCGUUCGGUCAGUAUAUCUGCGGCCGUAAACGGCGACCAAUCGGCGCGUAUGAGUGCGUCGACCACAUGGCAGGGGUCGCACUCCGGGAACAGCUGAAGCAGCUCUUUGACCGCCAGUUCGCACAUCUCCUCGAAAGCCAUGCGAUCCAAUUGGUCGGGCAUUUCUUCGUCAACGCGGCUGCAGCUCCUCAUUGGCUGAUCCAUGGGUUCCCUCUUCACCACACCGUUCACGCCGUUGACAGCGGCCGACACGGAGGCCAUGGCUGCGGCCGAAGAGGCGGAGGUCGAGGGCUCUGUCUUAAUGACGGACACCGUCUGUGCGGCCAAACCGUUGUUACCAUUGUUACGAUCGUUGCGCUCGCAGUCGCUGUUCCGGUGAUGUCUUCGUGUAAUGAAAUGAAUGGCGAAUUAGAUUACAGAAGGGAUUCAUUCGGUGACAGAAUAUGCGAUGAUUUGUGCGAAGAAGUGUUGAAAUGGUUACCACUUGAGGACAAGUUUGGACUCGAGUCGGUCUGCAAACAGUUCCAGAGGUGUGUCUAUAGAAGAGUAGACACUCUUGUGGUGUCCUUAAUAAGGCUCACAAACGAAGACAAGUUUGAAUGUCUGUUGAGGAAGUGUCACAAUAUUGGAUACAUUCACAUAUCUCUUGAAAGUCUGUGUCGUUGGCAUCCAUUGACUGCGGAGGACAUCAAUCAAGUCUUCUUUAAUCGCUUAAUUGAGUUAAUCAUUAAAUACUGCAAUCAUUUGACAAGUUUUACACUGGAUUUGAAUCGUAUGACUGAUGAGACUUACCGUCGAUUUUGCGAUAAGUUUGCCAAAAGUGUCACAAGUAUUGACUUAACCAACGAUUACGAGAACAUCGAUAAACACCUCAAAGUGUUCGCAAAUAUCAAGACAUUUAAUUCUCCCGUAAAUCUGAUGUCACUGUUGGAUGAAAACCAUUGUUUAGUGAAUAAUAUGACAAAAUGUGUAAUGAAUUUAGACGCCGUUUAUAAGUUGUCGAUAUUUGUUGACCACAACCAUCGGCUCCGUGUGUUACACAUCAAUACCCACGGAAUAGCUGAUAAAGAUAUUACUUAUAUUUACCGACAAAUAUGUGGUCUAAAACACUUGGAAGUGUUGAAACAUAAAGAAUUUACGACCGUUGAGAUGGGCUAUCGCUCGGCCAAAGAGGCAUUGAUAGAAGUGGCCAACAAUUGUCUUAAAUUGAGACAACUGUCUAUCGAUUGGCAAAUAAACAUUGAUAAACAUCUGUUAUUUGAUGCCUUCAAACACUUUAAACGCUUACAGCGUUUGAAUGUUUCGCUUGAGUUAAGCUACGAUUUAUGCUCAAACAUAACGAGCAAAACGUUUAGUCAAUGCAAACAAUUAAAGCACUUAUCCUUAGAUAUAUUGUUCCGUGAUUUUGAUUUCUCCGAUGAGUUCUUCGCCGACAUUGACAUACAUUUACCGCAAAUACAGUCUCUGUCUCUACACGUAAAAAAUCUUGCGAUCGAUGGUAUCAAUAGUAUCGCCAAACUUAAGAAACUCGAGAAUUUGAUCCUCGAGUCGAUGGAUGUGUUAAGUGAUGAACACUUUUACACAAUACAAGACAAUUGUCCCAAAAUAAAGUGCAUUUGGUUUAUUGCCGAGCCCGGUUUAUCAGAGAUCGUGUCGUGGAUUAUCAAAUCAAAUGAUCCGCAACUCAUGGAUAAGCCAGAGAUGGAUGAAUAUAAGUAUAAUUGCAAAUACACUCACUAUUACUUAAAUAAUGGUCGAAUAACAGUGGUGUUAAGCCGAGUGCCCAUUACUAUGUCUUCGUGUAAUGAAAUGAAUGGCGAAUUGGAUUACAGAAGGGAUUCAUUCGGUGACAGAAUAUGCGAUGAUUUGUGCGAAGAAGUGUUGAAAUGGUUGCCAAUUAAGGACAAGAUUAGACUCGAGUCGGUCUGCAAACAGUUCCAGAGGUGUGUCUAUAAGAAGGAGUAUUUUCUGGACACGGAUUCACUGUUUAAACGAAAGAAAGAUGUCGUCUCUUACAAGACAACCAAACAAUUAAAUGCGAAAAACUUUGAAUGUUUGCUCAAAAAGUUUCCCAAUAUUACUAACAUUGAGAUGACUUACGCGACUCUCAUCGACGCAAAGCUAUACAAUCGCUUAAUUGAGUUAAUCAUUGAAUACUGCAAUCGUUUGACGAGUUUUACGCUGGAUUUGAAUCGUAUGACUGACGAGACUUACCGUCGAUUCUGCGAUAAGUUUGCCAAAAGUGUCACAAGUAUUCACUUUCCCGACGGACACGACAUUGAGAAAGACCUGAAAGUGUUUGCAGACAUCACAGAAGUGGAUGUCUCUCAGGCCUCAAACUCUCCCAUCAGACUUAAUGAUCAGCUGAAGACACUCUUGGAUAACAAUCACACACUACGAGAGUUUUAUAUUGAGACCAAUUACGUGAACACUGAUAAUUGGAUUUACAUUUACCAACAAAUAUCAAAUCUGAAGCACUUGGAAGUGUUCGGUCAUUCAGACGCAGCGCUUGACAAUAUCAACACAAAAAUUGUCAGACAAUCGUUGACACAAUUGGCAAACAAUUGCAGUAAAUUAAAAAGAUUAUCACUCGAUAUACCUUUGGAUUCAAGCCAUCAAUGGUUAUUAUUUGAUGCAAUCAAACACUUUAAACGUUUACAGCAUUUGUAUAUUUCUCUGCAUAUGAGCGACGAUUCACUGGAUUUACUCACAUUUCGGUCAAACAUAACGAGCAAAACGUUUAGUCAAUGCAAACAAUUAAAGCACUUGUCGUUAAUGUUAUUUCACAGGGAAUUUGAUUUCUCCGAUGAGUUCUUCGCCGACAUUGACAUACAUUUACCGCGACUUCAGUCUAUGAAUCUAAGAGUGGAAGACAUUACGGUCGAUGUGGCCAUCAAUAGUGUCGCCAAACUUAAGAAACUUCAAGACAUGACUUUCUAUACGUCGGAUGUGUUAAGUGAUGAACACUUUUAUGGAAUACAAGACAAUUGUCUCAAAUUAAAGACCAUUGAAUUUAUGAUCGAAAAUGAGUCGACAAACACAUGGAUUAUCAAAUCAAAUAAUCCGCAGCUCUUGGAUAAAGAAUAUCUGGAUUUCUAUAAAUAUGACAAUCAUGUGAUUCACUAUUACCUGAAUAAUGGCACGAGUGUUCAAACAGGUCUCUACAACAACCCUUAUAUCUAA